AUGACAUGGAUCCCCCACAUUCAGGAUGUAAAAAUACGGACAACAGCAAUUGCUAAGCAGAUGAGACUCUUCUACGGAUAUAAAUGGGGCCUUAACCCGCAUAUCCAAAAAGUACUCUAUACAACCGUAGUUGAGAAAAUAGUAACAUAUGCCGCCGCAGUAUGGGCACACCCAAUGCAAGGCAGGAAAGUCAGGCAUCUCAACACUAUCCAAAGACCCUUUGCAUUGGGAAUCACCAGAGCAUAUCGCACCACUUCAACUGAUGCCAUUAACGUGCUCGCCGGCCUCCUUCCUCUGCACAUUCGUGUCGAAGAAGAGGCAGCACGUCAACACGUCCUACAGCUCAAAAGAGCAGUCACUUUCGAUGAAGAGACUUACUACCCUGAAGACUAUGAAACGAAUGUCUGCCCACUCAACAUCCACCCAGCAGUGAAGGGCAAGGGAGUUUUUGUCACUAUUAAUCCUACUACAACCCAUCGUCCCGGAGAAUUUAUCAUGUACACAGACGGGUCAAGAAUAGAUGAAAAGGUAGGAUGCGCAUAUGUAGCCAUGACGCACGACACAGUAAACGAGCAAUGGAAAGGUCAACUCAGACAGAAUAACAGAGUCUUCCAGAGCGAAGCGGUAGCAAUCGCUAAAGCAAUUCGCUACCUGCACACACAUCAGCACAACCAUGCUACCAUCAAAACUGAUAGUCUAUCAUCGCUGUAUGCCAUAUGGAACCCGGACCACCCAUCAGACAUUAUACAGGGCAUACAAAAGAACCUCAGGGAAAACUUUCCUUAUCGCACGAAACUGGAAUGGAUCAUGCCGCCCACCAAGGCAAUGAGCUAG